AAAAUUUCAUAUUCUUUGAUGUUAUAAGUAAGCGUUCAAAAUUGUUUCUUUGUUUCUAAAGAAUAAGCAUUAACGUAUUUGUAGUUUUGUAUCGACUUAAUGAUUAUAUUAGAGGCAAAUUAAUGCCGGAAUGUUUCUCAAAAGCAUCCCUCAACUCAAAACGCAUAUACAGUCUUCGCUUCACUCGAUUAGCGAAUAUUUGACUUGCUAACGCAGACAUGCGCUGUAAGAAACGAUGGCUGACCGGUAACUUCACCCAAAUUCGUCCCCAGAGCCUUCGUGGCCACACUGAUCAAGGAUCGAUAGAAGCAAAAGCCCUGGAAGCAAGAUUAGUUCAGUUUUCUGUUCAGCCUAAUGUUUUUUUCAGGUAUGCGUACAUUUUCCCAGCGGUUGUAAUCAGUGAGCUUUGUGAAAUGAAGCGUGAAACGGUCACACCUCCACCAGCAGUAACCUGCCACUUGUUUGAUUUCAGUGUAUUGACCUUGUCAAAUCACUUCAGGGGAUUUGGCGUUUUUUUUCCUCCAUCAUCAAAACAGAAACAAAAGAACUGAAUAACCUGAAAAUUAUUUGUUACCAAAGGUAAGUAAAAAACACAACCCAUCCAUAGAUGAGUGAUUAAUUUCACCGCUGGGUUUUGAUCUCUUUCAGUCGGAUGACGUUCCUAUUGGUUAGAGCCUCGCUUGCAUCACUAUGGCUGUUUGAGAAUCUUUGUAAAUAUUUCAAACCCAACUCUUAAAAUAACAGCAUGAUCUUAUUAGUAUAAAUACUGUUUUCUAACCACAGAACCCAUAAGCAGGGUCGUUCUAAGGACCAAGACGGGAGUAAACGUGAAAAAGUUACCUGGAAAAGCAAAGAUCGUAACAGCUUGAAAAUAAAUUGAAUUCGCAAUGCGCGAGCGAGGUUACAGGGCGGCGCCGGUUGAAGAUGGCAGCGAAUCAUUGUCUUCUAACUCAAAGUCCCGCGUCAGCUACCAGGGAAGCAGAAUGUGUAAUGGCAAGCUGUGUGCGAUCUUUUUAACACUAACUAUCGCCCUCGGAGCAAUUGUCCUCUUCAUUUUCUCCGCAUUUGUCCACGCCUCUGACAGCGAAAUUGAAUUCUACCGUCGCGCGGUUGACUACAUCACAAGGGAUCGAUUCACCCGUUCGGCAGACAGCGAGAAGAACUUCCCCCGCAAGAAUAUUUUGCUACCCAAGGAUAUCAAACCAGAGAGAUACCAAGUUUACCUUCAUCCAAACUUAACGACCUUUGAUUUCCACGGAGGAGUUAAGAUUGAUGUCACCGUCGAGAAGCCAACGAGAAAUGUCCUCCUUCAUGUUAAACACUUAAACAUCACAAGUUACGGUAUCGAGGACUCCAAGGGAAAUCACCUUCCUGUUUUGCGAGUAGCAGAGAGCAAGAAACUGGAGCAAUAUUUGGUUGAGCUGAGAGAUGAACUAACACAGGGAGAAAAAUAUACGGUAAAGUUUCAGUUUAAUGGCCAUCUGUCAAAUACAAUGACGGGCUUUUACAAGAGUUCAUACAAGACAAAGAGUGGAGAAAUAAGGUACAUGGCAACAACACAGUUUGAAGCCACAGAUGCCCGAGCUGCGUUCCCUUGUUUCGACGAACCUGAGUUUAAAUCGAAGUUUAUUGUGACCUUGGUGCACCAGAAGGAGUACAAAGCUCUCUCCAACAUGCCGGUGGAGCGGGUCGUGACUCGUCCUGAUGACGGCUUCGUGGAGAGCCACUUCGAAGAGAGUCUCAAGAUGAGCACAUAUCUACUGGCUUUUAUUGUGUGUGACUUUGCUUACAAGGAGUCUCACACGAAAAGCGGAAAGAAGAUUCGAGUUUGGUCCAGGAAGGACGCAGUUGAAAGCACAAGCCUGGCCUUGAGCGUGGCAGAAAAUGUUUUGAAUUAUUACGAAAAAUUCUUCAACAUACCGUACCCACUUCCCAAGAUGGACCUGGUCGCUGUGCCUGAUUUUGCCGCUGGAGCCAUGGAGAACUGGGGAGUACUCACAUUCCGCGAGACCUACAUGCUGAGUGACCCGGCCUCCUCUAGCGCCGCUGACAAGCAGGAUGUGGCCAUAGUGGUGUCUCACGAACUUGCGCACCAGUGGUUUGGUAACCUGGUCACUAUGAAGUGGUGGAAUGAUCUGUGGCUUAAUGAAGGCUUUGCUAACUAUGUGGAAUACAUUGGUACUGAUCACUUCCGGAAGGACUGGCGAGUGCUUGAGCAGUUCGUGGCUCACACAUUACAGACGGCACUGUCCGCUGACAGCAUGGCCAACACUCAUCCGAUAUCAGUGCCGGUCAAAAAUCCUUCUCAGAUCACAGAAAUUUUCGACAGCAUCUCUUACGAUAAGGGUUCAUCAAUAAUCCGUAUGCUUAGAAGCUUCAUUGGAGACAAGAAAUUUCAGAAAGGAUUAGAGCUCUACCUUAAUAGCCACAAAUACGCAAACGCGGCUGCUGAUGACUUAUGGAAAGCCUUAAGUAAGACGUGCAAAGAUCUUGACGUAAAGGCCAUUAUGGACACGUGGAUUAAGCAGAAGGGAUACCCUGUGGUGUUCAUUGAUGAAAACAAGCUCCAAGCCAGAGACACCCAGAGAGGCUCCAAGAAAUUGGUUGCAAGACAGAAACGAUUCCUGAGAGACAUUCCUCAGGGGACAAAGCAGUUUGACGACGAGGCCAAAGGUUACCACUGGCACAUACCACUGACAUAUGUGACGUCACGCAGCCCUCACAAAAAACACACAGUGUGGAUAAAGAAAGAUAGCGUUCAUCUUCCCUCCGUUGGUAACCAUUACAAAUGGAUCAAGGCAAACGUCGGUCAGACAGGAUUUUACCGUGUGAACUACAACAAAAACAACUGGGACCAACUUGCAAAGCAACUCCAUAAAAACCACAAGGUUUUAGCAGCUGUGGACAGGAGUGGGCUGAUUGAUGAUGCUUUUAAUUUAGCAAGGGCGGGUCAACUUGACAUGUCAACUGCAUUGGGUCUGACAAAUUACUUGGAUAAAGAAAGGGAAUACGUCCCAUGGUCCUCUGCUCUCGGUCACUUGGGUUUCAUUGGCUCAAUGUUGAGCAUGCGCCCAUCGUACGGGUAUUACCGAAAUUACAUCGUAAAGAAAGUGAAGCCACUUGAAAAAUAUGUUGGAUGGGAAAGCGAGGGCGACAUCCUCAAGAUGUAUCUCCGAAACAACGUGCUGUCAACGCUGGCCAGCCAUGGAGAUGAGCAUGCAGUGAAUUACAGUUUGACCGGAUUCAGAAUAUGGAUGAAAAAUCAAAGCCUUACAAUCUCUCCUCAUAUUCGUGACAUUGUGUACCACACCGCCAUCAAGUUCGGUGGAAUCGAAGAAUGGGAGUUUAUGUGGAAGAGAUACCAGGAUAGCAUUGACCCAACAGAGAAAUCCAGGAUAUUGUACGCUCUCUCAGGCACCAAGGAACCUUGGUUGUUGAAUAGGAUUCUGGAAUAUUCACUGGACGAGUCUAAGAUCAGGACACAAGACAUGUUGCAUGCUAUUUCAGGAGUUGGAUCUCACAUAUAUGGACGGCUUCUUACCUGGGAUUUUAUCAGAAAGAAUUUUGACAAGAUUGUCAAAAAGGUGGGGAAAGACGCAAUGGAAAUCAGUUAUUUGAUCGGCAUCGCUACACGAGGAUUUAAUACGGAAUUCCACCUUCAAGAGGUUGAAGAAUUCAUCGCAGAGCACAAAGAAACUUUAGAACCUCUGCGUGCGACAAAGAAAGCCUUGGAGCACAUCCGGGGAUGUAUAAAUUGGAUGAAGAAUCAUGGGAAGGAAGUUGAAGAUUGGCUCCAAUCACAAGUGGACUCUCUCAGUAGCCGGCUGGAGGACCUCUAAAUAUGCUCCUCUGAAUAUGCUCUUAUUUUAAUGAGCUUUAUGACUGUUAUCCUCUGAUAAAUCCUAAUCAUAGGUGUUACUAUCAAACACUUUGGUGUAAAACCUAUAGGCAAUUUCUUUUAUCAGUUCUGACCAUAUUACUAUUGCUGUCCCAAGCAAGUUACAGUGCCUGGUUGUAGACGUCUGGGAAUUGUUUCUUUUUCUUUUUAGAUUUCAAAAGCUAAAAGUAUGGGUUCUAUUCUGGUUUUCUUUGCUUCUAUUUUUCUAAAAAAAAAAAUCUUUGGCACUGUUUUUAGAUUUAAGGGUCAUCCACAGAACAAAGUAAUGUCCAUCAUGCAGAUGUUUGAUCGUUUGUUCGGACCAAGUUUUAUUUUAUUUCAACUUUUUGCACUCAAUGUCAACUUUCAGCCUUGUUUAGGAUUAGUUGAUGUGCUCUUAGCCAAUCAGCACGCUGAAAUGCUUGCACGUAUGUUAUUGUUUAUAUAUUAAUAGGUUUAAACUUUAAUAAGUCUAGGUGUAGGAAACAAAGUGAAAGCUUUUUAGUGUAGGAAAGUCCAUCAUUUUGAAGCAAGUCUAGACUGCGAAUAGUCUCUCUUUUGCUCGAAACACCUUGGAGAAGAAAUCAGAAAACAGAGCGAACGAGAUUGCUUGCAGUCUAAAGCAAAAUAUGAAUAGCAUUCUAUGACAAGCUCUUUAGCCACAAGCAGGACUUAGGAAAUCGGGGUUCACCGCUGACGUGUUUUGUUCUUUUCUUCAUGUUCAUACCACAAACAGCUGCAGCUAUUUACAAUUUAUUAAGUUAGUCAAUACUGCAGAAAUAAAUU